AUGUCCUGCGGCACUUUGACCGUGCUGGCCAUCGAAUCCGUGUUUCUGCUGCUGCUGCUGCUGCGGCUGCUGCUGCUGCUGCUGUUGUUGUGGGGGCUGGGCGGCCUCAGGGGAGGGCGGGGCGUGGGUGUGGUGUUGGUGCCGGUGGCCGAGCCGACUGGUGCCAAACGCCUCGUUACUGACGGCCUUCAUGAGACGUUGGGUUUGCAAACUGGGCGUAGUGGGCAGCGAGCUGCCGUCGUCUCUGCAGCCAGCCGGCCCGGCAAGGAGGCCGAGAAAUCAGGGGCGGAGGGAACAGGGGCAACAAAUGCAUUUAGGGUUUUAAGUCAUUUUAACUGGCAACUGCUCUCCGCAUGUUCGGACGGUGCCAGCCAGACACAGCCCAGCUACCAAGGUCGUUCUCCACUGCUACUACAACUUCCCACAACCGGCAGCAGCAACCACCACCACCACCACCACCGUCUCACCGCCAGUACUUGCAUUUGUCCCGCAAGGACGACUCGGGGAUGCCGAAUCUGA